AUGUGCUGGGGGUGUACAGUGUUUCUAAUGACUGUAUUAGCACUACAGCAGCAUUCUUCCACACCGCCAGAAGUCACCUACGCCGAGCUGUCCAUCGUCCGACCUAGUAGCCUAGACACGUCGAAAGGUGCCAACCACUACGCCGCUGGUACCAACACAGCGUACCGCGACGACUCGACCGUUUACGCACAGAUCGAUCACUCGCGGAGAGUACCGCCCCUCGGCGGUGGUCCUGUCAAGCCUUCCCCGAUCAUCUCUCCCGCCUCUAUGAUCUUCCCUGCGCCUGUGAGGCCAGGGUACUACCAUCGGGAGGUGGUCACGGUUAGAACACCUCUCAUGGGUGCGCAGGAGAGCUGUGUUUAAGCUAGCGGUUUGUACAUAAAGGGCAAGUGGGUGUAAUGUAAAUCGAUGUUAGUGGUAAGGACUGAGUGACCCCGACAGAAAUAAAGGACAGAAUGGAGAAAGCGUAUAGUAAUCUAUAAAAUAUUCAGAAAUCUCACAAGCAGUACGUAGAAAAUGCUUUAACUAAGGAUGGAACCUGCGUCUACAAUGUGUGAAUUACUCCAGUAAAUAGAUAGAUUCUUCUUGCAAAAGGUUGUGGUAGAAAAGUUUUUGGCAUCACUAGAAUACUGCUUUAUAAUGGUCUUAGUCUCCAGUCAGUCAUGGUACUGAAGAAGGUCGCCGUUGUGACCGAAACGCUCACAAUAAAGAAGAUUUUUUCAACACAUGUGGAUUCGAUUGGCCAUUGUUCUUUAGCGUGACGAACAGAUACUAUUAGCUAAGCUUAAAAUCAUAUCUAUUAUCUCACAAAAAAUACCUAGAAGACAGAUUUGAUACU